CCUCUCCCAAGAGGUGGUGCAGUAUGAGCGGCAACGACGCCCCCCGCAGCAAGAGCAUCGACGAACAGACUCGGGCUGACUCACGGCGUAGGCGGCAGGAGCGAAAGAACGCCCAGCUUGAGGCCCUUCAAACCGGUGUCUGGGAGCGGUGCCUGUACCGUGUCCCUGGCAAGGCGCGAUACUGUGCACAGCAUAGCGCAUCGUUCUGCGGGACUCACAUGGGCGAGACGGCGGAGAAGGGGAAGAGGGUGCCCUGUCCAGUGGACCCGAAUCACACGGUGUUCGAGCAGCAGCUCUCAUCUCACGUAAAGCGAUCUCGGCGGGUCUCACCCCAAGCUCCCCCGGCGGCCCCAUACCGAACCAUGUGGCAUGUGGGGUCGACUACCAAGGUCUGCAACCUGGCGCUUCAGCAGGCCCGCAUGGUGACCCAGCCGUACUAUUCCGAGGGUAUUAACUCUGGUCCCCCGCUUCUCCCCGGAGAGGAAGAGGAGGAGAAGAACAACGAGAAGGAGGAGGACAGGGGCGAUGUUGCUGUUGUCGCUGCUGUUGGCGCCGCUGCCGACCUGGACGAUGCGUUUGUGGUAGACCUGCUAUCCCGGGUCGAAGCUGCGCACCGCCAUCUCGUCGGGGAAAUUCCCACGGAGGUGCUGGAUCCCCCGGAGGUGCAAGCGCUACACAGGGGGCUCGUGGGUCCCACCGGCGCCGGCGGUGAGAGCGGUCACGGCGAGGACGGCCCGAGCGUGCUGCACGUGGAGAUGGGCGCGGGUAAGGGCACCCUGGGACAGUCCAUCGCCACCGCCUUUCCAGGGUCAGACGUUACCAUGGUUGAGCGCUCCUCCGUUCGACGAAAGGCGGAGAAUCGUCUGGAGGGCGUGAGCACGAGGGCGAGGAUCGACAUCCGCGACCUCGACAUGGGCGGCUUGCCUUCCCUCACGGCCGCGGGGGACGACAGACCGGUCGUGGCGGUCGCCAAGCACCUGUGUGGGGUGGCGACCGACCUAGCUCUCAGGCGAGAUGGGGGGGCGACCGACGGAGAGACUAACAGGGAGAAGCAUCAAGCGGGACACCUGCCAUUUCACCUCCUCGUACCCCGGCACUUUCCCCCUUGGCUGGCUGUCCUCGCGCUGAGUCUCCGUCGUUCACUCCCCAACUUGUAUCGCAGAGCAAUGCUUACCCUUCCCCCCCGACGGGAGAGCCGUGACGCCGACGACGGUGGCCACGUUUGCAACGGUGACCCAACGGACGCCCCUGCGGCGGCGACGACAAGGGUGGGAGGGGUUGCGAUCGCCACGUGCUGUCACCACGUGUGUAACUGGAGGGACUACGUGGGCAGGGACUUCUUGAUGCAGCAGGGUUUCUCUGCACGCGACUUCGAAGCCAUGCGGCGAAUCUCCGCCUGGAUCAGCCUGGAACCAGACGCGGGGGCCCGGAAGAACAACAGAUACCCCGACGACAGACACCCCGGGGUAACUUUUUCGCUGUCUUUUCCUCGAAAAAUUCCCGGAGAAACUGCGUCGGUGGCGGCAGGAUCACUACGCCCGGCAGCUGAAACGAGAAAGCUACAACCAGUCCUUGAACCAGGCGGUGGUGAUGGUCCGUGGCCCGGAGAACGCGAGGCUGAUAGCUGCAGUGGAGGUGGUCCUGGAGAAGCACGAGAAGGGAUAUGGACAGAACAAUUCAGUGGGGAAGGAGAAAACAGUCUCGAGCGUGCCGGAGAAACAAACGGAGGCCACUCGUCAUCUUCGCCAUGGCACGCAACGGCGGCGCCAUCGUUGAAUAUGUCGGCGUCAACACCGUCGUCGUUGCAAUUGCCCACCAGCGAUAACGCCAACGCUAGCACUAGCAUCGGCGACGGCAGCGAGGUGUUGGUCCCCCUCACGCCGUCGGAGAAGGCGGCGGCAGCGCGCGGGUGCAAGCGGCUGCUGGACAGGGGCAGGAGGGCCUUCAUCGAGGAGCGCCUUGGGCUGUGUUCGGAGAUUGUGCACUUCGUCGGUAGUGACGUCACCCCGGAGAACGCCCUCCUCUUGGGGUUUCGAGCCGAGGACGGACCUUAGGUAGGGGCCGGGGGUUAGGAAUCCCCGGAAACAUCUGUUUUUGUUCUUCGAGCCG